GUCACUAUUCCCCCGUUUAGGAAAAGUAUCUCCCCUCCGCCGCAGGGACCCCAUCUGAUCAUAGUACGGUGGGAUCGCCAUGACUCGCAAGAUUCUCUGCGUGGCAGAGAAGCCUGCAAUCGCCCGCGCCGUGGCGACGCAUAUGUCAGGCGGCUCUUUCCAGACGCAUGCAAUCAGAGGAAAUCAAUAUGUCAAGAACUAUGAGUUUGAUUUCAAUUUCGGUGCUCCUUGGGGCAACUGCUCGGUCACGAUGACUAGCGUACUCGGUCAUCUCACUGGUUUGGAAUUUGAUCGUCAGUACAAGGGCUGGAUGUCCUGCCCACCCGGAGCUUUGUUCGAAGCUCCAGUGCAAGAAGAUGUUGAUAAGGACAAAAAGCCCAUUGCGGAGAACAUUCGGAAUCAGGCCAGGUACAGUAAAGCACUGUUCAUCUGGACCGAUUGUGAUCGUGAAGGCGAGCAUAUCGGCGCUGAAGUCCGUAAUCAGGCAAAGGCCGGCAAUGCUCUCAUUGAGGUGAAGCGAGCCAGGUUCAGUAACACAGAAAGAGCCCAUGUUCUUCAAGCGGCCCGAGAGCCGAUUGAACUCGAUGAGUUCCAGGCAAAUGCAGUGGCCGCUAGGAUUGAGCUUGAUUUGCGAAUCGGCGCUGCCUUUACUCGUUUGCAGACUCUCCAGCUUCAGGCCGUGUCCGCCGUCCUGAAGGAAAAGGUCAUCAGCUACGGAUCAUGUCAGUUCCCCACCUUGGGAUUCGUGGUUGACCGAUACCUCAGAGUCCAGAACUUCAAACCCGAGACUUUCUGGAGCAUCAAAGUCAUGCUGCAGCGAGAAGGCAAAAAGGUCAAUUUUCUCUGGAAACGUGUGCAUCUCUUUGAUCGUGCAGCCGUCACAAUGAUGCUAGAACGGUGCCUCAAAGCAAAGCAGGCGAAAGUCACGAAAGUUAGCCAGAAACCGAAGAGCAAAUGGCGACCCCUUCCUUUGACAACGGUGGACCUUCAGAUGAUGGGCAGUCGUUUCCUUCGCCUGGACAGUCAAACCAUUAUGAAGGUCGCCGAGGCGCUUUACACGAAGGGAUACAUCAGCUAUCCCCGUACCGAGACAGAUCAAUUCGACAAGGCCAUCGAUCUGAAGAAGCUUGUCGAGAAACAAUUUCCGGAUAAUCAAUGGGGUCAAUACGCCAAAGACCUUAUUGAGGGCAAAUUUCGGACCCCUCGAUCUGGCCGUAACAACGACAAGGCUCACCCUCCCAUUCAUCCAGUCUGCUGGGUAUCACCAAACCAACUGAACGCCAACGAAAAAAAGGUCUACGAAUUUGUGGUCCGGCGUUUCCUCGCUUGUUGCUCGGAUGACGCCAAAGGCCAAGGAACUGACAUUGAAAUCCAAUACGGAGAGGAAUUAUUUCACACCAGCGGCCUGGUCGUUUUAGAGAGGAACUACCUUGAUGUCUAUGUCUACGACAAAUGGGAGAGUAGCCAGCAGCUUCCCAAUUUUGAGAGAGGAGAAACGUUCGAACCCACCGAGGCAAAUAUCUCCGAGGGGAAAACAACGGCACCGAAUUACUUGACAGAACCCGAGCUCAUCGGUCUCAUGGACGCCAAUGGAAUCGGAACCGAUGCGACAAUGGCUGAGCAUAUUGCCAAAAUCAAGGAACGUGAAUAUGUCGUGGUGCACCCCCGCGGCAGCGGCAGAAGUAAAGUCGAAGAGCUCAUUCCCACGCGACUGGGCGUUGCACUUGUGGAGGGAUACGAUAACGUGGUUGCAGGCCUUCCCAACAGCAUCUCGCUUAGCAAGCCUUUCCUUCGUAAAGAAAUGGAACUGCGAAUGCUCGAGAUAUGUGCAGGGUCUAAGUCUCGCCAGGAGGUGGUGCAGCAGAGUCUGGAUAUGUACCGUGAAGUCUUUAUUCAUACUCAACGGCGGAUCGAGAUGCUCAAAGCAGCGUGCCGGAAAUACCUUAACGAGCAACCAGCGUCAUGAUUCUUGAUCAUUUAGCUUAUGAUACCCAGUUUACUACAGCUCUCUCUUCUCGUGCACUUUGUGGAUUAUAAAAGAUGGUAUAAUUCCUUCGAAACCCGAACUCAUGACUCCCAGAGAAACAAAAACAUCGAAAAAGAAAGGAGAAUCCCGGACCAGCCGCUCGCCCCAUCAUGGCAAGUCACUUCUCAACUCCAGCACCGAACACCAAAAAAAAGACCACAGCAGAAAGAGGGACCAUACACCGAGGGACUCAACACCGAAGACGAACACCACAAACAUCUGCUUCACCCAUCCUGCGCCAGACCUCCUGUCGAGGAUCCAUUCGGGUCGUCGCCGCUGGACUCAGUCGGCUGGGUAACUUGCGACCCCGAUUGGAAGACCUCCAACCUCUCGGAAAGCCCUUCCCACACGUCCGUACUCCGGUCGAUAGUUUGGCGCAGCGUGUCGAGGCUGGCCAGCACCUCCUGCAAGCUCUGGCCGACGAGGACACUGCUUGCAGUGGACGACGAGGUGCUGCCUUCACUGCCGUGGGCAUCCAUCUCUUCGACCGGCGGACGAUACGCUGGGGCGGCACGUAGGUCGUGUGCAACCGACACCAAGUAUGUGAGACUGGUGUGGUUUUCCACGAUCCCCUUCCAGGCGGUUUCCUGGUGCUGCUGUACCAGACCGAUUUCUUCGAGCACGCUUGUCAGUCGUCUGGUGUGGUCGUUUUGCUUGACCAUGAUCCAGACGACCAGGGCGAAGAUCACGGUCACCACGGCCUGGGCGAAACCGUCGACGGGCGUAUGUCGUGGCGCGGACGGCUCGCGCGGGUUCACGGCCGUCGGUGUCGAUGAGGGGGGCGAGGGGAACAAGCCAGGAGGAACGGUCAACGGAGCAGUCAAUGGUCUGUGACCAGCACUGAGAGCCAUUGCUGACUCCGUUUCGGACACCACGGUGGCAUUCCAGCCACCUAGAUACCCUUGGAUGAGGUGGUGUGGGAUGGCUUGUUCGUCGAGGAGGCCGGGGAUCUGGUCCAGCGUGUAGACAGUGCUGGCCAGUUGGACUCCCCCCAGGGCGCGGUUCAGGAAGGAGCGGGCAGGGUCGAUGUUGGUGAAUGGGAUGCUGCUAUACAGCCCCCAGAUGUUGGCGGCGACGAAAACGAGGACGGGGAUGAGGAAGUGCAUGGUGGUGGUGGGUGGUGGGUGGUGGAGGAGGAGAGGUUGUCGAUGGAGAAAUGUGAAGAGGGCAGAGUUCGAAGUGUUGAAGGGAAUAUAAAUACCUUUUAUUGCCUCUCCAUCAGUCCAGCAGGCUCUAGUCAACGAGGUAUGAAAUCAGUCAACGAUGGCAGCCUCUGGGCUGUCUGCCUGAGAUCUACAAUCAAGAUGAUGAAGAUUUCAUUGUUCGGAUGCAUCGAUUGCCUGUCGGCGCUGACUUGGAAAGGCUGCCUGCAGCGUUCAGGCAAACUUGGUGUAGCCUUGGCCAAGAUGAAGCUUGGAAGUUGAUUUGAAGUCAUGAGAACAGUCAUGAUUUCAAGAUAAAUAGUUCGUGCCUAUUUGUUCGGAGGCAUUCUAGUCUUUAGACUGAAAGGUGGCCAUUCCUUGAUAAACAGGCAGGUCCACGCCUUACAGUUUCAAGUACUGCAUCAUUUCUUUUCAAAACUCACUUGCAUUUGAUUAGAAGAGUCCACUGAAGUGAUCAAUAUCUGAUCGAGGCACCUGUCAUGACAAACAUUAAUCUCAGAGUUUAGUGAAGCAUGUCUAGGCCACAAAUUGGUCCAGGAGUGGGGACCAUAUGAGAUUGCCCUGAGAUAGAAGCUCCCUA